GACCCCCUGAGGACGGUCCAGAGGAGGGUCCGGAGGACGGUUCUGGUCCAGAAAACGGGGGCAGCUCCAGUGAGAAGGAGCAGGACCCGGCCAGCUCCCCAGAGGGAUCCAAACCCGGUUCUUGCUACACCCCGGACCCCCCAGAACCCCCAUCCCACCCAGAAGAGAGCCGCACUCCCAGAACCGGUGGUCCAGAAAAGGAGGCGGAGAGUCCUUCACAGAGGUACCCCCCAGGGGACCAGCUGGUCCAAGGUCUCUCCGGGUCCAUCAGCCUCAGGACCAACAGACCCCCUCUGGAGGUUCUGAAGAAGAUCUUCCCGGCCCACAAGCCCCCGGUGCUGGACUUGAUUCUGCGGGGGUGUGGGGGGGACCUGGUGGGGGCCAUCGAGGUUCUGCUGUCCAGUCGGAACCCGGACGGGAGCGCGCCCCCUCACUCAGAACCGGUCCCGGACGGCCUGGUCCUGCCGCCMAACGGACACCUGUUGGAUCCCGGUCUGGGUCCGUACCCGCACCCGGGUUCCUCGUCCAACAAGUGGUCCGUGGGCUCGGCCUUCCGGGUCCCGGACUCCCUGCGGUUCGGGUCAGAGGCGUCCCCGGGGGCGCUGGGAGUCCCCCUGCAGCACCCGUCCUUCCCGCAGCCGGGCCGGUACCCCCUGAUGCUGCGCAGCUCGCUGACACGCGCACACGCCGGCCCCUUCGUGCACAACGACGUGACCCUGUGGGGGUCCGUGGCCCUGCAGCAGCAGUACCAGCUCCGGUCCGCGGCCCAGUACGUGUCCCCCUUCAGUCCCGGAGCCGCCUCGGGCCCCGCGGCCUCAGUGUUCCGAGGAUCUCCUCUGAUCCCGUCCAGAACCUCCGAGGAGCCGCGGGUCAGCAUCCAGGAGGAGGCCUGCGUCCUGGGACCCAAACCCGGACUCUACUCCCCCGAAGAGGAGUUCGAGGACCGCUCGGACUCUGCAGACACCCGGGUCCUGAACUCUGGAUCCUGAACCGGAUCAGACCCGGACUGAGUUCUGCUUCUGGAAGUUAAACUCACCUCCUGCUGCUGCAGGUUCUGACCCAGAAGGACCGGAAAUGACAGGUGAUGGACUUCCGGUCYGCACGUUUAGAUCUCUGCAUGAAAUGAGCCAAAAACAUGAAACCUGCUUGUUUUWGUUUUUAUUGUGUUGAAUAAAAACUUCAAACGAC